AUGGCACAAGAAGAUUAUGGUCUGGACAAGAAAAUCGAGAAGGUGGUGCUAACAUAUUCCUUACCAGACGUCAUUUUACAGAAAAUGGCUCCGGAUACUCCUCCUAUGCAUGUCACGAAUGAUAGACAAGAUGAAGAUAGUAAUGCUGCUGAUGAUGUUCAAGCAACUGUUGAUGAUGUUCAAGCAACUGCUGAUGUUGAUGUUGAUGUUGACGAUGGUGUAAACUACAGUGAUUACGGGAAAGUAAAAGAUGAGGAUUCUGACGAGGAUGCAAAUGAAACGCUUUAUGAUGGUCAUAAAGCACAGUGCUCUGGUGGUGAAGGAAGAUUGUUGUCCUUAAAUGACAAUAUAUAUGUCGGUCAGAGUUUUCCUAGUAAGGCUGAGCUUGUUUCAAAGCUGAAGUCGGUGGCUGUGAAAUAUCGGGUUGGGAUUAAAGAUGGGCUUACACCGAAGCAUAUCAAAGACGCGAUGAGGAACAUGUUUGGGAUGAAGCUAGAUUACAACACUUCGUGUAGAGCUUUGUUAUGUGCGCAAGAGUUGGUGAGAGGAACAACAAAAGAUGGAUAUGAGAAUCUGCCUUCUUAUUUGCGUCAGAUCGAGAUAUCGAAUCCGGGAACUGUCACAUGUCUUGAGAAAGAUGGUGAAAACAGAUUUAAGAAUCUAUUCCUCUCUUUUGGAGCUUCGAUAGCUGGUUUUACCUAUCUUAGGAGGGUUAUUGUGGUGGAUGGGACUCAUCUAUGUGGAAAGUAUGAAGGAGUUAUGCUAGUUGCGGCUGCCCAAGACGACAAUUUUCAGAUUUUUCCAUUGGCUUUUGCGAUUGUGGAUGCGGAGAAUGAUGAUUCGUGGGAAUGGUUUUUUACCCAAUUGCGGAGAUGUGUUUCAGAUCAGUAUGAUUUGGUGAUAGUUUCUGACAGGCACGGUUCCAUUAAGAAGGCGUGUGAGAAGGUUUUCCCUUGGGCAAGGCGAGGAAUAUGCUAUUAUCAUCUACAACAGAUGAUAGUCCAAAAGUUCAAGGGAAAUCACAUGUUGUACUUGGUCAAAGGCGCUGCUUAUGCACAUACGCUUUUCGAUUUUAACCGCUACAUGGAUGAGAUAUGGAAUAUAAACCCCAACCUUACAACAUAUUUGGAGAAUGCUUACAUCUUGUUAUGGUCACAAGUUCACUUUCAAGGUGAUAAAUACAACAUAAAGACUAGCAACAUCGCAGAAUCUAUCAACUUCACACUUAAGCCAGCCAAAGGAUUUCCAAUCUCAUUCCUUCUAGAAUUUAUACGCGAGAAGCUAGGAAGGUGGUUCUUUAAAAGGAGAGAAGAUGCUUUGAGUCUCACUUCACAUCAUAGUCGGGGAGUUGAAAACUUGUUGGCUAUUCGUAAAGAGUAUGCAUAUAUGAUGAAUGUGGAGCGUAUUGAUGGUUGGCGAUUUUUUGUGAGAGGAGGACAUCGAGAUUGUGUUGUUGACUUGUAA